UCACAGCUCAAAAGUAUAAUUUAAACUUCUGAAGAGCAGGUGACGGCAGUAACACGUUACCGGAAGACCAGGACAGACAGGUCUGGAUAAAGUCAGGCAUUGAAAUACUUGUUUUGGGAACUUUUCAAACUUUUCGGCCAUAUUUGUAUCCAUCUACACGAAGAAGAAGCAAGCAUCUUCAAGAUAAAAAGAAGAAUAUUGUCUUCCACUUUCAAGGUAAUAAGAUUUUCUUCUGAUCACACAACAGGAUGGAGGACCCGGAAGUAUCCACAGCAUCACGUACCAAUUCAAUGCGGCACCAACACAUGACACAAGUGGCCUCCGGUGAUGAUCAGGACAAUGCCUGGGAUGCCGGUCCAGAGUGUUCAAUCUGCUUUUGCGCAUACGACAACACCUUCAAGACACCAAAGCUUCUUGAAUGUACCCAUACCUUCUGUCUGGAAUGUCUGUCUCGCUUUGUGGCUAUUUCACCAGAGCAGGAAGGUAACCAGAUCACCUGCCCUCUUUGUCGGCAGCCAACGUCCGUGCCUGAGCAUGGUACACCGGAUCUAGCCACUAGCCAGGAAGUUUUGGGCCAACUUCCUGGCGACCAGCAACAACUGGAGAACGUUUUCCUAGAUGGACAGAGGCUGUGCUACUCAAACCCAACGAUACCCAACUGCAUCUGCAUUGACAUUGGCGAGCAUAAACCAGAGGAGACACAGAGGAGAGAGGAGAGAAGAGAGGGUUGUGGAUACAGGCUGCUGCGAUUCUUGGGUUUUUAUGGGAACUGGAAGAGGCUUAUGCUCUUCAUCAUAGUGCUUCUUGUCAUCUUCUUGGUUAUACUGUGGCCUCUCCAGUGCUUUACCAUGUCAGAAUGCUUCAGAGAAUCACCAGGUAUUCCAGCUACGCUCACUGCUCCCAGACCUACAGUGGGUACAUAAGACACACAGGUGGACACAAGAAGUUCUUAUUCAAAGUUCAUGAAUUGCAAAUGACAUUCAGGUUGUAUUGGCAUCAGUCUGAAAACAUGGCUGAUAAGCUGAAAACACAGCCACAUCCUUUACAGCUUCAUAUGACAGGAAACCAGUAUUGGUUAAAGUUCUACUUUCUCCUUAAAAACUCAAUAUUUGUUGCAUGAACUUUCAUUGCCAUAUCACAUACUUCCUAAAUGCCACUGUAAAUAUUUAAAAUUAUUUUCUGUGUCUAAAACAGAUGAACAAAAUAAACACUAGGGUAAAACAGUUUUUAUAAUUUAAAUUUUUAAUAGGAUCCUGCUUGCAGGUUUGAUUGCUUUGGCUGGAACCCCUUAAACACUCUUUGCACAUUCUGUAAAAUGAUACGCAUGCAAUUUAUUAUUAUUAUUAUUAUUAUUGUAUGCUGUAUGCUUAUUUGCAAAAUU